AUGGAAAUAAAGACGCCGUCAAAUAAAAUUUACUCGGACCAAAUCAACCUUACAACUUGGCACUCUCCACGUUCAUCUCGUGGUACCAACUCGAGUGGUACACUUUUGAACAAAGGUCGUUACAAAAAAAAGCCCUUGGAAUCAGACAUUGACUCGAAUUCAUACAGGGCUAGGAAGAUGUUGAAGUUGACACGGAUCAAGUCCGUCGUGACGAAAAGUACAGUGCAAACUACAUCCUUGCCAUAUGGAGCUGUGUUUUAUCCGACAUUGGAGCAGUUUGCUGAUCCCAUCAAGUACAUUGCAAGUAUUGAGCAGGAAGCAGCACGUACGGGUAUUUGUAAAAUUGUUCCUCCACGAGGGUGGAACCCUCCUUUUGCAAUUGAUUUGGACAACAGUCGCGCCGAAUUUGACACGAAACAGCAGAAUCUUCACCAGCUACAGAAAGGACAUGCUUACGGUUACGGCAGGAGGCACACGUUCAAGUCGUUUCGUGCAAAUGCGGAUGCUUUUCGCGACCAUUGGUUUAGCUCAAGAGGACUAGAUCUGGAUACGAUUUCAUCGGAUGAGAUUGAGCUGGAAUACUGGCGAAUUGUUCAGACGGGAAAGCCCAAGGUCAAAGUGGAAUAUGCCAAUGACCUUGACAUUGCGCAGGUCGGCAGUGGCUUUUUGCGCUUGGUGAAGCGGUUUGCGUUGCAAGCUACAAAAGGAAAAGAAAUGAUCGACUUUACAAAUCCAGAGUACUAUCGAAAUACGGGAUGGAACUUGAACAACCUUCCGGAUGCCUAUGGCUCUCUGCUUCGGCAUUUGGGUGCUGCAAUUAAUGGCAUUAACGUACCGUGGUUGUACUGCGGUAUGUUGUUUGCGUCGUUCUGCUGGCAUGCUGAAGAUAACUACAUGUCCAGUAUCAACUACCACCACCUUGGCGCUAAGAAACGGUGGUACGGAAUUCCGUGCUCAGAUGCUGAGAAGUUUGAGGUAGCGAUGAGGACGCAAGUGCCCGAGCGUUUUCGAGAGAACCCAGACUUACUCUUACACCUAACAACCAUGGUACCUCCAUCCGUAUUGAAAGAUCGAGGUGUGAGCAUAUUCACACAUGUGCAAGAACCUGGUGAUAUCAUUUUGACAUUUCCAAAGGCAUAUCAUAGUGGUUUUAGCGAAGGCUUCAAUUGCACCGAGGCUGUAAACUUUGUUCUUCCAAACUGGAUCGAUUUUGGAAGAGAGUGCGCUGAGAUGUACCGCAGUUACGGACGAAUGUCGAUAUUUUCGCACGAUCGCUUCGUGUUUCACUUUGGAUCAACCCAAAAUCUGAAUGAAUAUUCAGUUGCAGACUGCGAGAUUCUGCUGAAAGAGUUGAGACGCUUUUUCCACGAAGAGCGAAACUACCAGAAAGCUUUUUUUGCAGAGGGUUUAGAGAAUGUGGAGGAAAUAAGUGGGGAUGUUAUGCUGGACGAGCGGUCAAUGGAGGUUGAUGACGUACGGCAGUGCUACUUAUGCAAGCAUAACGUUUUCUUUUCAGGCGUUAUUUGCACAUGUAAUCCUGGUCGAUUGUCUUGCCUGCGGCAUACUAAGAAAAUGUGUGGCUGCUCGAUUCGGAAUCACACGUUGUUGCAGUGGGUAAGCACCACUGAACUACGAUACGCCAUUCGACGCGUGCAGACAAAGAUGCGCGCUUUAAAAGCUCUAGGUAGCGAAGCAGCUGUGACUCAACCGCAAUUAUGUCACCUUGUUAGAGGCGAUGUUAGUAAAGCUGCGUCGGGUAGUAGCGGUGGACCUGAACCGUUGAGGGACGAUCACUUCAGUAUCAAACAAAACUGA